AUGGCACAAUUCAUAAAGAUUCAACAACUUUUACAACAGCUCGAGAUAAGCUUUGAUGCGAAUAACUUUCAUGCUUUAUUCUCUCAUAUUGUUCGCAACCACGAAAGCUUUGAUAAAGAUGAUUGGAAAAGUUUAAUUCAAUUUGACAAAAAUUGGGAAGCACUUGGUUUCAAGAAAGCUAAGGAAAUUUAUUCUUCUAUGAAUAAGAAUAAAGGGCGCCAGAGUACCAAGUUAUAUAUUAAAGAUUUUUCUAAUGAAUCCGAAAAGAAGCAAGCAAAACCACGUCCUCAAUACAAACAUGAUGAGAUGGGUUUGUUCAAUGAAUCCGAAAAGAAGCAAGCAAAACCAUGUCCUCAAUACAAACAUGAUGAGAUGAGUUUGUCUAAUGAAUCCGAAAAGAAGCAAGCAAAAACACGUCCUCAAUACAAACAUGAUGAGAUGGGUUUGUUUAAUGAAUCCGAAAAGAAGCAAGCAAAACCACGUCCUCAAUACAAGCAUGAUGAGAUGGGUUUGACUAUUGAAUCCGAAAAGAAGCAAGCAAAACCACGUCCUCAAUACAAGCAUAAUGAGAUGAGUCAUUCUAAUUCAAUAAGUCAAUGGAAAUGUCAUAAUUGUGGUUUCAAUCCAAACCGUGUAUGGCGUGUCAGGUGCUAUAAGUGUAAUGCAUUCAGGUCAGACCUAAAUCUUGAAAACUUUGAUCCUUAUAAAAUGCCGUCUAUGGCAAUAAGUGAAAAUGAUAAAUAUCUUUUGCGAACCGAAAUCAUCCGGGCAAAGGGAGAUAAAGCAGAAGAAGAAGUCAAAAGGCUAGGUUAUAAAUAUCUCGAUUGGCAAAAUUACUGGAAAAAAUUUCCCAUUGAAGUGGUAAAUUGCAAAAAACUUGACCAUAAAACACAGGAAAGUUUGUACAGUGAAACUAGGCAUAAAAGUCUUGCAUGGUGUGAUACUUGUAAAUAUUACUAUCAUUUUGAUUGGAGUGGUUAUGAUUAG